AUGUUCGCUCUUCUUACUCGCCUUUGCCUGACGGCGACUCUGUUCACCGCGGUUCUCGCUGUCUUACCGCCUUACAUUAAGCCGUGCAAGAAGAGCGAUCCAGAUAUCAACAAAUGCAUCGUCCGAUCGAUUGAUCAGCUUCGUGAUAAAUUAUCCUCUGGUAUACCGGAACUGGAAGCACCUGCCAUUGAACCUCUUCUUCUCGAGCAAAUUCGCCUGUCGAGAGGACCAGUCGGCGCGAGGCUUGACGUCAAUCUCACAGACUUGCAGGUAUCUGGACCAUCUACGUUUAAAAUUCGCGACUUUAAAGCGGAUGUCGAUAAUGUGGUGUUCACAUUCAAGGUCAGCUUCGACAGGUUGAAUUUCCAAGGAAAGUAUCAGAUCGAUGCGAGAGUGCUUCUGUUGAAGUUGACGGGACAAGGAGAUCUCACUGGGAGCUUCCACGACUACGAUUCAGACGUCAUUCUAAGAGCACGUAAAGUGUUCAGAGACAACGAUACCUACCUGAAUUUCGAGAGAAUGAAGGUGAAGCUCAAAAUCGGCAGGACGAAUCUUCAUCUGAGCAAUUUAUUCGGCGGUGACACGGUUCUUGCCGCCGCCAGCCACGAGCUGUUGAACAAUAACAACAACCUAAUUUUGGACGAAAUAACACCGGUACUGGAGACAUCUUUGGCAGAGCUGUUCACAGACGUGGCAAACAAGAUAACGAAGUCUUUCACGUACAAAGAACUCUUUCCAGACGAUUAA